AUGGAAAUGGCCUCAUACUUUGCAUUGACUGAGGUGUUUUCCCUGAAGAAGGCCCAUUCUGGGAUAAGCAGCCAGACAAUGGCACUAAAAAAUACAGAGCAGCUGCUGGAUCAUGACGAAGCAUAUGGGGAAGCUCAGGCUCUUCUUAGUGAUUGGAUGAACAGCUAGUUGCGUCUGGAACUGGAGAUAGAGGAGGAUGUGAUUGUCUCCCCUGAAAAGAACAGUCCAGCAGCCAUGGCACCUGCCCAGCCUGUCUCCCUGGACUACAGUAACUUUGAUGACCUGUAUUCCCACCUGGCUGAGGAGGAGGAGAGCUCAGUGGUCAACAUCUUCCUUCAAGACCUCAUGGAGUGGGAAGUGGUGGAUUCUGGGAUAGUGCAGGAUCUGGCACUAGACUCAGAAGAGUGAGACAGGAGGAAGAGAAGGGGGAUGGGCCUCACCUUGGAGGCGCGUCAACGACAGAAAGGUCAGGUGGGGUCACGACCUGCUGGCCCCGCCCCCUCUCCUUCCUGUCAAGGUAACGGACAGCUGGGGGCUGUGGUCCAGCCCACCCUUCCCUGGCAGGUGACACGGCGUCACGCGGCUCUGAGUGGAGAUGAGCUGAGGCGAGCACGGCAGAGGGGUGAGGUGGGUGAGGAAGGUGGGGAUGGCGGUGUAGGUGCUGUCCCCCGUUCUCGUAGUGCAGAGUUGCGUGGAGGACGGUUUGAGCGUCGCCACGCCAGCCAGCAACAGACCAUCACAGUGCAGAGGAGGCUCCUCCGGGAACAGCAGGAGCAGAUCGCACGCCUGCAGGAGAUGGGAUUGAAGCAGGAGGCACAGAUUGCUCAGUUUGCUGUCCCAGCAGCCCAAGGGCCCAGAGGGAUGACCUCUGACCACAAAGAACCCAGGGCUGGGAGUGUCUCUCAGGGGAAUGUUGGCCGCUCCUCAGCCUCCAGGAAACUAGCCGUCAUCCCACUGUCAUGGAUCACCAUGGAGGAACGUGCUCGUCAGCGAGCGGAGCGCAGGAGGGAGGUGGAGGAGCUGAAGACAAAGAAGGAAGAGGAGAGAAUAGCCCAGCUGAAAGCAGCAGAGGAGGAGAGGCAGAAGGAGGAGGAGGAACAGAAACGUAGAGCAGCUGAAAGGAGAAGGGAGGAGAAGAGACAAGAGAGAGAGAGGGAGCAGGAGAACCAGAGGAGGUUUGAGCGAGAGCAGCAGCUCCAGACCCAGGCCCAGCAACACUACCAUAGAACUCUGUUACUACGGCGAGGCAUGGCGCCAUGGAAGCACAGAGUCGCCAUGAGCCAAGCCAACACUCAGCUGGCCAGGGCUCAUCACAGGCAGUCUCUCCUGAAACGGUGCAUCCUGUCCUGGCAGCAAGUAACAGGCGAGUCCCUGGCUCAGAAAUGGGCCUCUGCCAAACAACUGCAUCAACAUAUCCUGCUACGGAGGAGCCUGGGCAACUGGAAAAGGCUGAAGGACCACCGCAUGGUUGUAGAGGGGCGGGCCGACCGGUUCUGGCGCAUGCACACUCUGAGGAGGGCUCUGAUCGCGUUACUAGAUCACGUGACCCAGGAGAGGAUGGUGGAGUGGGACCGGGAGCUGCAGGCUCAGGGACACAGUGAUAGACGGGCGGUGCGAAGUUGUUUCCAGGCCUGGAGACAGUAUCCAGGGUGGCUGCGUGAGGAGAGAGAGAGGGAAACCAGGAGGGAGAAGCUGAGACGCAGAGUGGCAGAGGUCCUACCUGACUUUCGCUCCUCUCCUCUGUCAAUGGGUACAAGCCCUGCUGUGACACACACAGGCAGACAGACGGAAAACUUCAAUACACGAUAAUACAGCAGAUGGGAGCCAAUUAAUGUGUCUUGUUGCUGGUGUAACAAGCACACACACACA